AUUUUGUGUGCAUGAGGAAGUUAAAAACCGCUACGUCUGCAGCAGGUCAGGAGUGAAGAAAGGGGCGGUGUGUGUUAAUGUGGUUGUGGGAUGGUAGACAUAAGAAAACUACAGCUACCUUUGAACCUCCUUCCUUUGUUAUCACAAAAAAAUCACGGGACAGUCACCGCUCGUAAAGACAAUCAUGGAGACAUGACACAGAAAGACUGUUUGAGGAAUAGGCUGUGACUGCUGCGAGUCAAGCAAAGGGAAGGAAAACAGUUUCCCCGGAUGCGCUUUCUGUCUGAUAUUUAAUUUAGGGCUUGAUUCGAAACUUUCUGGGGCAGACAACUUUUGGGAUUAGUAAUCCAUUGGGAUAUUAAUCAGAAAAUAUUUUAAUCCUUCUCUGAAACCUUGAAUUUGAACUCUCUGAGGAUUUAUUAGUCUAAAAGAGAAACUCGAAACUUUCCUGUAAAAAUGACAUCCGUGCAUUUUAACCCUGGAUUAGAUUCCAAGGAAGUUAAUAGUAAUGGGGUGAAAGAGGAGGCAGAGGUGCAGAUUGAUGAUGGAAAGGAAGAGACUGAGGAUCCAGACACCAUGUACCAUUGUGUCCGGAAAACUAUAGCUCCUUUUGUGACGUCUUUUGGUUUUCGUGUUUUUGGCCUUGUACUGAUCAUUGUGGAUAUUGUUCUGGUCAUUGUGGACUUGUCCCUUUCCAACGAUAGUGGUGAUGUUAGAAGUGCACUAGAGGCCAUUUCUCUUGUCAUCUCCUUCUUUUUCCUCAUUGAUGUGCUGCUCCAUGUAUAUGUGGAAGGAUUCAAGGUGUAUCUCAGCUCAAAACUGAAUAUAAUAGAUGCUUGUAUUGUGGUUGUUACCCUGGUGGUCACCAUGAUCUACGCAUUCUCCGAUCUCUCCGGAGCCAGCCUGAUUCCCAGAGUGGUCACUUUCCUGAGAUCUCUGAGGAUAUUGAUUCUGGUACGUAUCUUCAGACUGGCCUCUCAGAAGAAAGAGCUUGAAAAGGUCACCAGGAGAAUGGUGUCCGAGAACAAAAGGCGGUACCAAAAAGAUGGAUUUGAUCUGGACCUCACUUAUGUCACAGAAAGAGUCAUUGCCAUGUCUUUUCCAUCUUCUGGGAAGCAGGCGCUCUAUAGGAACCCUAUCAGAGAGGUCGCUAGAUUCCUGGACACCAAGCAUCUGGAUCACUACAAGGUGUUUAAUCUCUGUAGUGAGAAGGGUUACGAUCCAAAGUUAUUUCACUAUAGAGUGGAGCGUAUUAUGAUAGAUGACCAUAACGUGCCGUCACUCGAAGAUAUGCUGCGGUACACGGCCUGUGUUAGGGAGUGGAUGGCAGCAGACUCCAGGAAUGUGAUCGCCAUCCAUUGCAAAGGAGGAAAAGGGCGGACUGGGACUAUGGUGUGCACGUGGCUCAUCGACAGCGACCAGUUUGAGAGCGCACAGGAGAGUUUGGACUACUUUGGGGAGAGACGGACUGAUAAAAGUAUGAGCUCAAAGUUCCAGGGUGUUGAAACUCCCUCACAGAGUAGGUACGUCAGUUAUUAUGAGAUCAUGAAGAACCAAUACAACCUUCAGCUGCCACCUCAGAAGAGCCUGAAAAUAAAGAGCAUUCGAAUCCACUCCAUCGCAGGUGUAGGGAAGGGUAACGGGAGCGACCUGAAGGUGAAGAUCAUAGUGAAGCGAGAGCUUGUCUUCCAGUGUGUUUGUGCCAAACAGCAGAACUGUGUGGUGUUUCCUGACACUGGUAACAAUGCCGUGAUCAUCAGUUUACAGGAAGGGCCUGUUGUGACUGAAGAUGUGAAGGUCAUGUUUGAGUCCAGUGCUGGUUUGCCAAAGGGUUACGAGGACUGUCCUUUCUAUUUCUGGUUUAACACCUCUUUUGUUGAGAACAACAGACUGUAUCUUUCGAGGGAGGAGCUGGACAAUCCACACAAAUCUAAGACCUGGGACAUAUACAAGGAAGACUUUGGAGUGACGUUGUCUUUCACAGACCCUUGAGGAGAACAUUUUCUGACAGUGGAUGAUGUUUACCAUUUUAGUCCUUUCUUAUAAGUAGAUGUGUCUCUUGAGACAUACUUAUGAUGAGCUGCAAAACACUCCAGAUAAAC